AUGAAAAAGAGCUAUCAAUUUAGGGCUCUAUUUUAUAAGAAUGCCUCAAUUCAAUCACGAUAGAUAGGAACUAAUAUUUGCUAGAUUUUGACACCAUUAAUAUGCUUAGCGCUAGUCUAUAUCAUACAAGAAAUAAUUUUUGAUAAAUUUUCAGGAUGGACAUUUUAAUUAGAUUUCCCGUAUAUAUUGAAUAUUCCAUUUAUAUAUUCGCAAAUUCCAAUGUUCAGCAAUGUUUCGUGUCUAUAAUGGUAACAAAGUGUUGAAAAUUAGGUACUUUUACGAUGUUUCGUAAUUAAGUCACAGCGAAUAAAACUUUAUUGGUUGGAAUGAUGGUUAAAUUGGAAAAAACAUGUAAAAUUAAAUAAUUGAUCUAAUUAGGUCAUCUGGCCUUUUGUAAAAUAUUCUUUAAAAGCCAGGAUGUAAAUUAAACAAUUAAAGCGAAUUGAGAAAUAUCCCAUUUUUAGAAUAACCAGAUAUAUCUAUAAAUGAAGAUAUAUAUGAAAGGAUAUAAUAUCUAAACACAUAGCCAUUUUAUAGGGGAAGAGAUCUCGAUGAUAUUUGGAUGAUACCGGAUGGAGCAUUUACAUUCCAUAAUGCCAACGAAGAAUAUUUAAAUGUCACAAUCUAAGUGAAUGAUCUGCGUAUUCCAGAAUAUCAUAGAUCCAAUGGAAUCACUAAGGUGUUUUUUAAAGUAGCGGAAAAUAAAACUAAUAAUCUGAUGUUAGUAGCAGAAGCAUAGGUGGGAUUGAUUGAUUUGAUAACAAGGGCGUACUUACAUUAAUUGAAUCCAAAAAUUUGGUUGAUUUCAGGAAUCUAGUAUAUGCCAUUAAUAGGAGAAGAUAGGAACUUGGUACAAAAAGCUAUUAAUUUAAUGGGUGCUCUAUUGUUCCCUCUGUCUUUGUCACUAUUAUUACCAGUGUUUCUUUAUGCAAUAGUGUUAGAUAAGGAGGAAAGAUUAUUGUAAAUGAUGAAAAUGAAUGGAAUGAGAAUGUUUGAUUAUUGGAUAGUGCAAUAUCUAUUCAGUUCUAUCCUCACAUUUAUCACCUAUAUACUCUUUUAUUUUGUUGCCCUCUAUGGAAUUGAAAUAUAAGUGUUUAAAUAUACAGAUUCUAAUUUGAUUGUACAAUUUCUUAACAUUUUAGUUACUAAUAUUAAUCGGCUGGGGAUUAACACAAAUUUCAUUAUCAUUUUUCUUUUAAGUAUUCUUGAAUAAAUCAAGAACAGCAACCAUCAUUGGAUAUUUGAUCUCUGUUUGGGGCACUAUCAUGGCAUCAACUAUAAAUCUGGCCAUCUAUCCUGAUCCUUUGGAACUGCCUUGGUAUCUCUAAAUAGUGCCAUAGAUAGCAUUUGGUCGACUGUUCUAUAUCUUGUCAUUUGGUAUAUGAUUGAUCUUUAACAAUUAGCUUGCGUAUCCUAGCAUGGAUGUUAUACUUCAUUAGAAUUAAUCAGCCCAGAGAUACAAGGAUGUUUAUUCUCAUUAUAUUUUAAUACUGUUUUCUUUGCGAUUAUGGGAAUCUAUCUCCAUGAAAUCAUCCCUCAAGAAUAUGGAGUAGCAUCAGAACCCUGGAUUUGCAAAUUCUUCAAAAAAACUGAGUAGAUGGAAUUUUAUGAGGAGGAUCAAUUGGGAUUGAAUGUUAAUUAAUUGGAAGAAGACACAGAUGUACUGGAAGAGAGGGAAAAAGUCUACAAAUUAAAGAAUCUUGAAGAUUAUCCAUUGGUUUGUAAGGAUAUAAGGAAAAUGUAUGAAAAUACAGUUGCUGUUAAGAGUUUUAGUUUGUGCGUUGAAAAAGGAGAGAUAUUUGGUUUGUUGGGUCCGAAUGGAGCUGGGAAGACCUCUAUUAUAUCAACUAUUACAGGAUUAUAUGGAUGUUCUGAUGGUACAGCAUUUGUAGGUGGUUACUCAAUUAAAUAACAAAUGAAGGAAGUUUAGAUGAGAAUUGGAGUCUGCCCUUAAUUUGAUUUGCUCUGGCCUGAAUUAACAGUAGAGGAACACCUACUCUUUUAUGCAAGGUUGAAAGGAGUUCAUAGAGAUAUGGAGAGAGUCAGAGCCCAAUAGAGCAUGGCUGAAGUUAAACUAGAACCUUAUUUUAAUUAUUAAACCUAAUAACUUUCAGGGGGAAUGAAACGAAGAUUAUCUAUAGCUAUUGCAUUAGUUGGAGAGCCUUUGAUCGUGUUUCUGGAUGAACCAUCAACAGGUUUGGAUCCUGAUAAUCGAAGAUAAUUGUGGGAGAUCAUUUAGUAGUGUAGAGAAAGAAGAGCCAUGGUGCUAACCACGCAUUCCAUGGAGGAAGCAGAUGUUCUAUGUAAUAGAAUAGGUAUGACAUUCAAUCCUAUUAGCAGGGAUAAUGAGUCAAGGAGUACUUAAGUGUCUUGGAACUCCCUAGAGAUUGAAGAAUAUCUAUGGUGGCGGAUAUCACUUAUCUCUUUAAAUUCAUAGGGAUAAAUACUUAUAGUCGAUCAAUAAUCAAUAAUAGUAUUUUAAAUAUUGAAUUAGGUCGUAAUUCUACAUUAAUAAGGUUAAAGAUUUCAUCAGAGAUAUUCUACCUUAAUCCAUUAUGAUAUCAGAAUUCAAUGGCAAUUUGAUUUAUUAAAUAUCAGAAAAGAGUUGUAAAGUAUCUGAUAUAUUUUGGCAAAUUGAGAAAGAAAAAGAAUAUUUAUAAAUAUCUGGUAAUUCUUCCUUCUUAUUUUUAGAUUGGGGAAUAAGCCAAACUAAUUUAGAAGAUGUGUUUAUGAAAAUAGUAGGUUAAAUUUGA